AUGGGUGCCCGUCUUGGGCCGGAAGCGGCCCGGAAGCCAAAAAGUCGCAUGCAGCUGAAAGAGUUGCAAAUGCUGCUUGGAGAUAAGUUGCAGAGCGGAAAGAGCAAAAGGGUCAUCGUUGAUGCCGUCGUGCCACCCAUGAAACCUAAGGAAAGGUCCAUCGAGCUGGACAACGAGCGGGGGCAAACUGAGUGA